CGCCCACUCAGUCGUCCCUUCCUUUGGCUGACGCGCAUCAAUCGGAUGAAUAUUGUCACUCCACUCCCACCCCACACCGUGUCGUGUCGUGUACGCCUGUUUGCACCAAGUAGUGAUUGGAUUGUACAGACAGCAAUUGCAAGCCAGCCUUCGUUGGUCGACUCAGCGGCACGGACGAGUGGUCAGUCCUCUGUCUCAUGUGUGGAUACCUAGCGUCCCCUUGGCAGGCAGGCAGGCAGGCAGGCAGGCCGGCUGGCUGGCUGGCUGGAAUUACUCGACUCGCUUCGCGAGACAAUCUCACACACGGACAUACACAGACGACACACGUGAGAGGAAAAGGAGGAUGGAGAAAUGCACACCACACGGCGGCCGGACGCAGAAAUUGAUGGCCCAACAGACAGACAGACAGACAGAUAGACAGAUAAUGGCCUGCCUGCGUGCCUGCCUGCCUCGCUGAGCCGACUCUCUCUUCCUUGUGUGGUUGUUACUGCACAGCACUGAGGCAGACGAGAGGGAGGGAGGGAGGAAGGAACGAAUCAAGGGACCGACCAAUGAAGCAAUGAACCAACCAGCAAGUGAGCGAAGUGCCCCACCCCACCUCUCAAUCUCCGAUAAACAAACAAGCAACCCACCCCCGCACCCCCUCAUUGCCGCCCCGCUCCCUCUCAAUCGACCGACCCAUCAUUGAAUGCAAAAUCGAUUACAGACAUGACUGACAUACAUACCCGACUGACUGACUCAUCUCUACACUACACCACACCAGACAACAGACAGACAGACAGACAGACGGACAGACAGACCCACGCCUUAACCAUCCCUCUCUCUACACGCGCGCCUCUGCCCCCUUGUGCGUCUCCACCCCCACCCCCACUCCUUCGUCCUGCCCCGUGUCAUCCACCAGCGGCUCGCUCGUGUCCUCCAUCGGAAUCUCGUCAGGCAGCUUCUCGUGCGACGGGGGCGGCUGGUCCAUUAUCAAAGGCGACGCCUGAGCAGGCAUCUUGACGGCAGACGAUGCCGCUGCGCCAGCAGCUGCGGCGGCGGCAGACGCAGGAGAAGUGGCGGUUGCGGCCUGUAGUGUGGCUGCUGCGGGGUGGUCGAGGUCGUCCUCCGUGUCCGAGGGGUAGAAGAAGGGGUCGGUGUUGUCCUCGGAGGAUCGCACAUUCCGGGCGCUGUUGAGGAGCUUGUCGAUGUCAGCCAGGCCGGUCUCCACCGAGUUGAUCACACGAGUCAACUGGUCAGCUGAAUAUAUGCCGAACGGAGCACAGCGGCAGAGGGGUCUGUGUGUGUGUCUGUGUGUGGGUGGUAUGUGCGGCCACUGACCCAUAUUCGCGUGUUCGGUAUCGUGUGAGAAGGUACCUUCCAGCGGGGGCAGGGGAGGUUGCUGAACACACACAGAGAGAGAACACGCAAGUGAUUGAUCACAUCCCAUCACACACACACACACAGUUGCUGUCUGUGGUGCUUUACCGAGACACUUCUGUCGACCAGAGACGCCAGGCUCGCGGCCGCAGCACACAGCUGACUGCAACACAACACAACACAACAGAAUACACAUUGCACACAGCAGGCAGGCAGGCACAGAGCGAUAUCCGCCUGUCCGUCCGUCCGUCUGGCUAGGCAGCCUGUCCCUCCCUGUGCUGUGUCCGGUUGUGUGCGUACGUCUGUUGCAUUUGUGUGAUUUGUCUGAGCAGCUUGAGUUCGCUCUCCAUCUUAGUGGCGCGGCGCAGCAGCGCAUCACGGUCCAUCCGCACCUUGUGCGCCUCACUGGCACACAAACACACACACACGGACACGCACUCACACACACCGAUGCGGCACCAACGCUUCUUAUGCGUCUGUCUGUCUCCCCCACCCACCCGCCGAUGAGUCCGUGGUCUCGUUCCUCCUUCUCUGCUUCCUCGGCCGGGGCCUUGCCUGAUCGCACGCCACGCCCACGCACGGACACACAGAUGUGUGUAUGUGUAUGUGUGUGUGGCUUGCCUUGCUGUGCCUCGGCCGCCUCGGGGCUUCGCUCACUCUCCGCCUCAGCGGCAGCACGCUUGCGAGCUGACAGACAGACAGACAAAGGGUCGUGUUGUGUGUGUCUUGGGGAGGGGAGGGCGAGAGGGGAUGGGAAGGGCUGUUCACCUUCUUCCUUGACGGUUUCUCUGAGUUGUUUGAGGUUGUCCUUGAGGUCUUUCUCCUCCCGCCUCAGCUCGUCGAGUCGGCUCUGCGCCUCCUGCAGGCUGGCCUCGCGCAUCUCCAGCCCAGACACUGCCGCAACCUCCUCAGCAGCCUCACCCUCGGGCUCGGCGGCCUGGCACAGACAGACGGUCGUAGACAGACAAGAGCUUGUGUGUUGUCGAUGAUGUGGUGUGCUGUGGUGGGAUGGUUGAUGUGCACACCUGUGUGGGCUCGGAUAUGUCCUGGGGCAUGUGUGUCAUGGUGAUGGACCGGGCCCACAGCAGCAGCACAGGGGGGAUCUCACGGUGGGAGGACAACUCAAACCACUCACGCAACUGACACACACACACACACACAGACAGACAGACAGACAGACAGGGAGGUCACACAGCGAUUCGUCCACUCAGCCACCCUUGCACCUGUUCUCUCAUCUCAUCGUCGCUGAUUCCGUAGAAGCGCAUAGCUCUGGCCUUGCAAGCCUCGAUGAGCUCCUCGUGUGUGAGGUUCUCCACCCCCUCCCACAUCAUCUCACGGUCCUCCCGCUUGAGCUGCAGCAGGUGGUGCCGCAGCUGCAGCACCACGUGCGUCUGCAGACCGUACGGCUCGAUGCCCAGCAUCCGACAGAUCACCUGCACACACGCCAGUCAGUCAGUCACCACACCACACACACACACAUACAUAUGGGGAGGGAGAGGGAGAGGGAGAGGGAGAGGGAGGGGAAUGCGGUCACCUUGAGCGAUUCGGCGGACAUCUUCUCGAGGUUGAAUUCGUCCUUGAAGAGCUUGGCGAACUGCAACACCUCCUUCACGCUGAGGGAGGGACCGAUCAAGGUGGAGCGAGAGGGACAGACACACAGACAGACAGAUGACGGAAACCCACAACAAGAGGCGCAAGCCUGCCUGCCUGCCUCAACGCAUCCAUCCUCCGUGCCCACCUGAGGAAAGGGCUCUCUGACUCGUCUCGCGUGAUGAGCUUCUCCUGGAAGCCGCGCAGCACCCCAGCCUUGUCGCGAUGGCUGUGGUCAGGCGCCUCUGACACACACACACACACACACACCCCAAGCGGAUGAAUGAAUGGACGGCGAAGCGGCACACCCCAAGCGGAUGAAUGAAUGGACGGCGAAGCGGUAGCCUAGCCUGCACUCUCACUCUCUCUCUCUCUCUUUCUCACCGAGGAUGGAUUUGGUUCUCUCGUUGACGAUUUCCUGGAAGAAGUUGGCCAGUUCCUGCUUGGCCUUGAGCUUCCGGGAGAGGUAUGCGCUGUCGUACUGCUUUUCGAAGAAGGUCGACGGCAGCAUGUUGGGGAAGAGCCGCAGGGCGAAGGGCAGGGCCAGCUCGCCGAGUGGGAUGAUGAUGAAGAGGGAGAAGGGGAUGAGCUUGAACAUGUCGGUGGUCGUCCGCACCAGCAGCUUGUGCUCGCGGUAGGACAGCGGCAGCCCCGUGAGCUUCUUCUUGACGAGCUGCGUCGACACCCGGAUGUUGGCCACGAACAGGGCGAACCCCGUGUAGACCCACUUACACCAGUGGAUAGUCUCCUUCUUGAUGUCGUGCCACCACUUGAUCAGCACACGGGGGUCGCGACGCACCUGCAGCACCAUGCCCCACACCACCUUGCCCAAGUCAACCGUCCACUUGACCGCCGCCGCCGUCUGCUUCUUGACCCAACUCGCCGCCGACACCACGCUCAGCUGACUCGUCUUGACCGGCGGGCCGUAGACAGCCUUUGUCAUCCCGUAGGGCACUGUCGUGCUGUACAGCGAGUACCGUCGCAGCGUCUGCCACCAUAGCACCCAACUCUCCUCCUUUUCAGCUGUCCGCGGCAGCCAGUGGACGUCACGCGACAGCCAUGAUGAGUUCCUCGGCUCCUGGGGCUGAUUGCUGGUGCUGGAGUGGCGCACAAGCACCAGUGCGGCGUAGCUGGGAGACGAUGGGAUACAUGCCUGCCGCAGGAGGCUUCUGGACAAGACGCCGGGCCGUCUGAGGACCGCUGCACCCACUUGGCGCGUGAAGGAGCGGGCGAUGAUGGAGCUCAUGGCUGGCAGCUGCUUGCCGUUGCUCGGCAGCCUUCGUAGCCUGAGAUUUCCCUGACCUUCU